GUAGCCCAUGAAAUAAUACAAUUCUACUGGUCAUCGAGCAAUGGGCAGCUACCGAAAGCAGUCCCUUAUUGCGGUUUUACUGGCUCCGAUUGCGACUACACGUCAUAUUUCGUUCUUGUUGGCAUCAUGAUUUUUCUGGCAACUAUUUCCCCACUUUCGUAUUUUAUUUACCUGAAACAAAAAGAACGGUUACUUUACGACAUGACGUGGCGCAUCCCCAGGGAGAGUAUUCAGCUAGUGGAAGGAAAUAAAUCGGUAUGUCCCUCAUCAUAUGGUUAUGUGUUCUUCAUAAGAUAA